GGGAAUAUAAAAACACUUUCUUACUAGUACUGUUAACCGGACGAUAGUGCGGAGGACGCGACAACAUCAGCAGUAUUUAUACAAAGAGAAAGAAGGAUUCGCGUCACGAUGAGUCAGCCACAACAGAUGGAGUCGUCACCGCAGCACUCGUUGAGCACCUCCGCCGCGGUUCAGUCCUCCGUGGACGGACUUCCUGAGUGGUGCACAAACGAAUUUCGUGAGCGCUACCGAAGAGGCGAGGUUCCACUGUUUGGCUGCUACGAUCCAGUUUACCUGCGGCAACCCUUUCGACCUGCGAGCGAGUCUGCAGGACUGCUUCCUCCUUCCUCUUCCUUCUUCCCGCCCUUCUCCUCCCUCGUGCGGCGCUUCGCGAGUGCGAGCGAUGCUGCAUCCAGCACGGCCCCAGAAGCGAAAGAUGACGGCGAACAGGACGCGAACGGUGAUGUUGCGGGGUCGGGCUUUGGCCGUGCACGUCCCGCACACAGCUGGGAGCACAUCACCAGCGCGGAGGAUCUGUGGAAUGGGCCACCGCUGACGACGAAGAUUCCCCCGGCGGGAGAUUACGAGCGUAUUCUGCUGGAUCGCCCGUAA